GGUGUUUAUCGCUUUGUUUUAAUUAAUGUAAAUUUAUUUAUUGAUAUUAUUUUAAAUUGCAGUUUAUAUCUCGAAUCACAUAUGAUGACGUCGUUCUUUAGAUUCUUAGGAUGGUUUGGUCUAGUAUCAAUCAUAACGAUUGCUCUACUUGGUUUCGAAGUGUAUCUUACUUUGCUUAUAUUUUUAGUUUCUUUCCUAUUUGGUGCUUUGACAAUUUUAUAUUUGAGCUAUGAUAACAAGAAAUUAUUCUCUGCUGAUAUUGAUUGUUUGGAUGAUCCAUUACAACAAACAAACUUCUCCAUACAAUCUUCUAAGGUCAUGAAAGUAUUCCAGGAUGAAAAACCUUUGCCAAAAUUUGAUAGUCGAAUUACAGGCAGUGAAACUGUCGACUCAUUUCUAAAUGAAAUUGUAUCAAUUAUAGUUAAUGAUUAUGUAACUCCUUGGUAUGAACUAAUUACUGAUGAUCAAGAAUUCACAUCAUAUGGAAUAAGAAAGCUUGUAGUGGCCGCGGGAGCAAAUGUAUCCAAUCGAGUGAAAAGCGUGGAUUGGAUUCAUUUGCUCUCUACAAGAUUUCCUGAAGAGUUAACUUUGCACUUAAAAUUAUAUAAGCAAUCAAGAGUGAGGUUGAAACAUGUACAAUUGGUGAAUGCCAAAGAGGUCAAUGGGACCUCGAAGCCGAGCCCCAAGAAACAGGAAGAGAAGAAAACUCAUAGAAGGAACAAAAGUGAAACUGAUUUGUCAUGGCCACCAGAUACACAAACUUUUGGCAAGUCUAAAUUCUACAGCAGUUCUGAGAACAUAAGUAGCAACAACAUUACGGAUCUGUUUUUUGAUUUGGAGUGUUCAAUGGAAAACAAGCAAAUAUGUCGGGAUAUAUAUUGUAGUGAUCCUGAGAAAGAAAAUGCAUUGCUCUGUGAAGUGUCUGAAGCGAUAUUAUACUUAAUUGCACCAGAGGAGGCAUGGCAGUGUCAUGCUUUAAAAUUAAUUUUAAUAGAUUUGAUAUCAGCAAUUGUUUUGAGGCCAUUAAUAAACCUUUUAAGUGAUCCCGAUAAUAUAAAUAGAACCAUUAUAAGAUCUUGUUGCCGAGAUUCCUGUUUGUCUUCGGAAUUAUUUCUUUUGGUUAUAAGAUCGUGCAGCGAUGCCGAAGAGUUGGACGCUACACUUGAAUUAGUUCAGAAGGAUAUACAGAAAUUGCAUUCAAGAGACAGUGCCGGAGAAUGGGAUUUACAAGAUCGUCAAAAGUUAUCGUCCCUGCAGUAUGUGUCUAGAAUCAUUCAAGCUAGGAGAGCUACACUUGGACCUCAAGAAGGUGCUUCAAACAACAGCAGCACAGAAAAGAUAUCUGAGGAAGUAAUGAGAACACUGAAGUUUUUAAGGGCCGUCGCUGCUUGGAAAUCGAACGCACAAUAUCUGCUUGAGAUUGAGUUAAAUGAAGCAGCAGACGCGCCGUCGACGUCGAAGGCGGUGCUCGACAACCUGCGCGCGUCGGCGCUGGAGCUGGCGGACGCGCACCUGUCGGCGGGCCGCGCGGCCGUGCUGGGCGCGGCGCCGCACUGCCACGCCGACCUCGUGCGCAAGAUCACCACGCACGGGGAGGACUUCUGCGCCAACCCCGUCGUCUGCUUCGACGACCUGCAGAAGGCCGUGUGCGAUGCCCUGGAGGACGAUCCUUCUUGGCAGGCGGAUUUCAUGUUGGAUAGUGAUAAAGAUAUACCAGAUAAAAUUAAUAGUGAUUUCGGUCGAGAGAACAAGAUGGAUAAUCUUAAAUACGGCGGCGAUGUAGUUCCACCAGUGACUGGAGCGAGACACAAUCGAUCACGGUCAGAUAUUGUUGGCAGCUUCGCGCAGAGAAUGGUCAACGAGUGUGCGGGUCCCUCAAAUCUAAAGUCAACGAACACAAGCAACCUAUCUUUGUCGCAUUCGGCGAUAAGUCAGAGCGCAAAGAAUAUGAUGUCGCCAUUGUCGGCUUAUAUCAUUGAAACUGCUCUCGUUCAAGAUAAAGGUAGAACUUUUGGGAUAUACGCGAUUGCAGUCACUCGAGCGUCUGAUAACGAAGUUUGGCACAUAUACAGACGAUAUAGCGACUUUUAUGACUUGCACGCUUCUAUUAAAGAGAAGUGGCCGGAACUAGCCCAUCUGCCGUUUCCGGCUAAGAAGACAUUUCAAAAUACAUCUCGAAGUGUUUUAGAGAACCGGAAACGUAUGCUUAACAGCUAUUUACAGAGUUUAACGAGCAUUUCGAGGGACGCCAGGUAUAUGGCGCUUCUGUCGUCGCAGUAUUUGGGGGGUUUCCUUAGUCCGGAGAUACAGACCGAGAGACAUGGUAAUUCGAUCGAUGCCCUUUUAGUGAAUUCAAUAAAGGCUGGUAUGAGAACUCUGAAGAGUAUGCCCGAUCAAUUCGCUAAUACCGUGGAUGGUGUAAUGGACGGUAUAUCAAAAGUGUUUCAAGGGAAAAGUGGCGAAAGCUAUGACGAUAUUAGAUCUGCAACCUCUAACGAUGUGCAAGAUCAAGAUAGCGAUGAAAGCGUUCCUCUACGAUUGUUGGAGGAAGUUUUGGGUAUUCGAGGUUUGUGGUUGCGACGACGUCUCCUAGCGCCACUGAGGACUAUCAUCGCGGAUCGAGUUAAUAGAAAAGUCUUAGAAUUUGUGUCGUCAUUGACGUCUCCAAGGAAUGUAGUUCAGUAUUUGAAAACGUUUAAACAAUGGCUGACGAACCGAGACAACCCGAGCGCAGUAUCAAGGGACACCGCCACAAAGGCCAGGACGAGGGUAGCUGCUAAAAUUGCUUUGUUGUCUGCCGCUUCAGAUGAUCUCAGACACAUAGUGGGGACUGAUGCAGCUCGUAGAGGUCUCCUUACAGUUUUUGAUAUGUUCCAAACUCAAGAAAUAAAUAGACGACUACUCUUCGUUUUACUUGAAGUAACGUUGUGUAAUUUGUUUCCGGACAAUAACAUACAGGAGAUGUUCAAGAAAUUAUAUUCGAACUCACCCCGAGUGGCCAUCGUGAAGAAAUCUGUUAAUAUAUAAUAUAUAAUACAAAUAUUAUUAAUAAUUUAGAUAAUUGUCAAUUCUUUAAAAUUUUUGACCAAUUUUACAAGUCAAAUGUGUUCUGGUAGGUACUUACCUAUGUAGUAUUAUUUUUAUAAGUUUAUCAUAACACCGUGGAGAUAUCCUUAAAGGAUUAUCAUAUAGAUGUUGAAAAUAUAAAGACGCAAUUUUAAAGCUUAACUGCUUUGAAAUAGAGCAUGUUUCAGCCUGGAAAAUUAUAUAAUAUGUCAUUUGAUUUUUAGCUAGUUUAAUAUUUAAAUACUUGUUGUGAUAUUUUGUACCUAAAUAUAAUGUUUAUAAAUCUUGUGUGCUAUAUCAUUAACUAAUUCACAGUCUUGGGUCUUCAGCGUUGGAGUAACACUUUGACCUUGAACUGUGAAAAUUUUGUGAAUCAUCAAAGCCAAAAGUAGUAUUUAUACUAUUGGCUGCUACUAAUUUAAUAAAAAAGUUUAAAGAUUAUUAUAUAUUUAGAUAAUGAAUAUUGGAUUAAAAUUGAAAUGGCGAUUAAAUUAAAUGUUAUAUGACAUUAUAAAGUCAAAAGAACAUCCUUUCAUGUUAUAUUUAUGAUAACGAAUAGUCUUUUUAUUUUUAAUUUAUAUGUUAGUUAGUUUAAUUUAAUUAGUGAACUCAAACGAUAUCUAUUUUUUUUCAAAAGACAUAAAAUAUGUCCUUAAAAUGUAUGGAGGUGUGUUUAG